AUGCACCUGCAGCGCUGUGGACCUCUGGGACCCUCUCCAAACCGAACCUGCUUCGGGCUCUGCGGUUCUCCUGAUGUAUGUGGGCCCGUCCUGGUGUCCCGUCCCACAGCGGUUGCGCCCCCCUCUGGAGACUGGAUUAAACGCGCCCUGGGGCUCUCAGCUGUGUUCGCUGCUUGUCAAACUCGCUGCUUUAUGGCCUUCAUUAGUGAGGGAGGUGGGCCGCAUGUGCUCUGGGUGUUUUACUGCCACUGCUGUCUGCAAAGUCCAGAGAUCAGGACAGACCCCGCACUCACUAAAUCACCUCAACUAGUGGACUUUUCCGAGGGCAAGCCGGAUGAGAGAAAAUGA